AUGGUUUACGUUUAUUCCUCAAAGCUACAAAGACGGUUAGAAUUUAAAGAGUCGGUGGUGGAUGCGCUUGGUUUUGAAGAUGAAACACCCAUAAAAAUUAGACAGGACUCGUGUAAUCUAGUUGUUGGUACUGAUUGUUUGGGAUUCGAAUGGAUAGACAUACCUUUGCGUCGUCCACGUGUUUGUCCUUUUGCUAUGUCUAACCGACGCUUCCUAGACUCAUAUGGGAAAUCUUGUCCCAAAUGGAUUCCUGUGGCGUGCUGCUGCCUUCUGCAUUUGUCUGGACUAGAUGGUCUGUUUCUCACUCGCAGACCGUGGCAUAUGCGAUCUUAUCCAGGUGUCUGGGUUCCACCUGGAGGUCAUUGUGAAGCUAAAGAACCUAUUCAGGACACCGCAUUUCGUGAACUCACAGAAGAGUUAGGAUUACAUUCGUAUGGGAAAGAAAAUGUAAUGAAUGAAUGUACUAUCAAACCACUCUGUGCAUGGGAAGCUUCCUAUCCUUCUCGUUUAGAUACAGGAAUCGGAAAGUCUACUAUCUUUCCUAAAUCUCAUCAUAUGGUUAUAUAUUACUCUGUUAAUUGGUCUCGUUCUUCAACAUCUGUUUUAGAUUCAGAUGAUAUUCACUCAUACUUACCACAAUUUAACCUUGAAGUAAAUGAAGUAUGUGCAGCCGUUUGGCUCCCGAGACCUGUUCUCAAUAAAUUAAGUGAUGAUUGGAAGGCAUUUGAAAAACAUUUUCAAAAUCAGUCCACAAUCAGUAAUUCGGAAUAUCUUUAUCCCGAGUUAUCAACGAUGCCAUCCACUUUCCAGAUUGAUAAUGAUCAAACAGAAGUUUGGUAUUGGGGUGUAAACUCUCUUGAUUGGCAAUCGGUACCCGUGAAUCAACUUAUUUGUGGACUAACAUCAAGUCGCAAUCCAACUGUUUCACACAAUACCAGACCCGAAUUCGAAGUUGGUAAUGGACCUAGUCCUGUAACACUGGGGACAUUGUAUGCUAUUAGUCAUUGGCUUUCAUCAACCAGUACUAGAAGUACUGUUUGAAAUUGUUUUCGUCAAUUAAUUUUCUAACUAAUACUUGUAUACCUUCAUUUUUUUCAUUCUUCGCUGAGAAGGUUGGUACAAAUUAUUGUACGAUAUUCUUUGUCUGGAACCUUAGUAAGUGUUUAAAUAUAUCCCUUUUUGAACUAAAAAAUUCCGACCGUAGCUGCUGCCUUGACGUGGUGGUUGGGAUCGCCUAUCGUGAUGACUCAACCGAGCUAUCUCGGCUGGAACAAACGUUCCUUUAGGCCCUACCAUAUCAGCUUGAAGAACGUUAAGACAGCAACUGAAGGUCCGAGGGCAAAGUCGUACUGCCAACUGUGGAGAGGUGCGACAUCCGUAAGGUGUUUCUCGGCAUCUGCAGGGAUACUGCCUUCUCACAACGGAAGGAAGAGAUCAGACAAAGAGGCAAUGUGUGACCGGCUUUAAGCAGUUGUUCCUUGAGCUCUACAAUCACUCUCUCAGGUCGCUCAGACCACCACUAAUUCAGCUUUUGUUCAGGUCCCUUAAGAAAUAUCCUUACACGGUGUGGGCAGCCGGGAAGUAACAACCGCCCUCAUAUCUAUCAGCGCCCGAGAUAAUCUCGAAUCCCUCACCUCUUAUUAAGUAUUCCAUCCUCAUGGUUAACCUUCCUUGUACAUCUUUUCCACUACACUCUAAAGCACAUGUUGGAGCUUAUCGGCAUUAAUACCAAGGUUGAACUUGAUAGUUUCAAAUAAAUUGAGCAUUGCGUAGAGUUAAUAAUAAAUGUAUUUUUGUUAUAUCCCAAUGAGCAUAAAAAUUGUAUUCCUAACGUUCCGUGACUUAGUGUAAGCCACUUCUUCAGAGUAAAUAAACAGGCUGUGAGGACAGUCCACGAGUGGCCGAAACCGGACGGGCCUUUGCAAACAAUACACGCUGAUUUCGCCGGACCAAUACAAGGCAGAAAUUACUUGGUUGUUGUCAAUGCUUUCACAAAAUGGUCAGUAGUAUAUGACAUGCUGAAAACGACACCAGAGAGUACAAUUUGAAGAUUCUCAGGGUUGUUUGCCUGUUUUGGGGUUCCGAAGAUCUUGGUGACUGACAACGGCAUUCAGUUCAUGUCACCCGCUUUUAGACGCUUUUGCAGGGAAAAUGGCAUAUCGCAACUACAAUCUCCUCCGUACCAUCCUCAGUCGAAUGGUCAAGCAGAAAGAUUCGAGAAUACGAUAAAAAGAGCUUUGGUCAAGGCGGGAGGUGAGGGUAUCCCAGAACAAGUGAUCAGUAAGUUCCUAGUGUCUUACAGAGUUACCCCUAGUCCGGCAGUACCAGAAGCAAAGUCACCAGCCGAGUGUAUGUUCGGAAGGAAAAUCUGAACAGUCUUUAGCAGUAUAUUGCCGCGCAGAACGACAAAUGAACCCACGAAUAAGUAUCGUACGGUCACUCAUAGCUUUCAGGUGGGUGAAAGGGUACUUGUCAAAUCGUAUCAAGGUAAUAGGAAGUAGGAACCAGGUAUCAUAGAACGUUGGAUCAGAAAUAGACUGUACCGAGUCCGGGAAAAUGUCGGAAAAUGUAUAAGACACAAAUCAAAUCCAAAGAGACGGCAGAACAUAUUUGUCCCACGAAGAUGACUCCCAUUUCAAUUGCUCGUGGAUUCAUCUCGGAAAAGCCCUCAGGAGCGCGAAUAUAGAAGAGAUAAACGACGAAAGGGCAAAGCUGUGCAACCUUUUAGAGUGGUAGACUGCAAAAGAAAUUCGGCAACCAAGUUUCAGGUGGAUCCGGGAAAAAAAGUCUUACACAACAGACUUAAAAAGAGGGGGGUGAGGGCGGUCCACGGGUGAACUCGAGGAAGCCUUAAGAAGCUCAGAAAAAGCCGAAGAUGUUCCAUCCAAUCAUCUUUUGGAGUAAUAUUCUAGAAUCUCUACAUGUAGCUUCCCGAUUGGACAAUGCUAAUAACCUCUUGUGUGUGGAUUGGAUAGCUAUAAUAAUGAUUUCAUUUUUACUAAAAACCAUAAAUACUUGACAGUUUGUACUCUAACUUGACACUGUCUGGAAUAACUUCCCUUUCACUAGUCUUCUCAUUGCGACUUGGGAUGGUUCUAGCGUUCUAGUGUUCACGUUAUAGGCGGUAUAUCAAUAUAAGCAUCUGAAUAUAGCAAGCAAAAUUAAAUGAACAGAAGUUUAAAUAGUAUGUUUCUUUAGCACUAUUUGAGCUUGUGUUAAUUUAAUUUGGGUCAUUUGUUUACUCUGAAGAAGCGGCCUACACCGAGUCACGAAACAGAAGUACAGAAGUACAAUUUUUAUGCUCAUUGGGACAUAACCAAAUCACAUUUAUUAUUACAUGUUGGAGCCUUUAAUGUUCGAACCUUGUGUCAGAUAAGAUAAUAGGCUUCCUUAGCUAGGAUUCUUGAACACUGCGCCAUCGAUGUAUGUUUCGUCUCUGAAACGCGCUUACAGGAUCUAACCACAGUCAUUCAUUUGGCCUCAUCUUGUCGAUGAAAAAACCCGAACUACCUACCCUUCGAGCAUCUGGAGAUCCUAUUGCUACUUCCUGUGGCUUUGCUAGUGUAGAUAUAGCGCUAAGAUCAAAAGCAGAACAUGCUCUAUUACACUGGACUCCAAUAGACAGUAUCUUGUGCUCCGUGCAAAUAAACGGGACCCUAAGCACUCGAAAAGAUAAACACACACACUGUUACCUUUUCGUCGUUUCUCUCUUUGCUCACACUGCUUGCAGCUCAGAUGAAGUUAAAGAUGAGUUUUAUAAAAAGCUAUUCAACAUCAUUCAAAAAAACUAAACGCUCUGAUGUAGCAAUAGUGGCAUGUGAUUUUAAUGCUCAAGUAGGUAAAAUAAACCAAACCAAAAAACACUUAGGUGGAUCUUACGGUGGUCGGGCUUGCCUGUCGUGAUGACCCAACCGAGCUAUAUUGGCUGGAACAUAUGUUCCUCGAUUCACACUUCGUGUAUCUGGAAGCCCAGAUGCUGCUUUUCGUGGACUCGCUGGUGUAGGUAUAGCAUUGAAUCUUAGGGCAGAACUAGCUCUCUUAGACUGGAUCCCAGUAGACAGUCGUCUGUGCGCUGUCCGACUAAACGGAACAGUAAGGACUCGGAAAGAUAGGGACACUCGUCGUUGCCUCUUCGUCGUCUCUGCCUAUUCUCCCACUGACUGCAGCGCAGAUGAUGUGAAAGAUGAGUUUUACAGAAGGCUCUCCGACCUCCUAAAAGCUAGGCGCUCUGAUGUAGUAAUAGUGGCCGGUGACUUUAAUGCUCAAGUAGGUAAACUAAGCGAAAGGGAAAGACACCUAGGUGGAUCUUAUAGCGUCAUGGUUCAACGAACAGAUAAUGGCGACCGUCUGUUGCAGCUAUGCUCAGAUAACCGCCUGUUCCUUGCAAAUACUAACUUUAAGCAUAAGCAAAAACAUCUUUUAACAUGGCGACCCCCUAAUUCGUCCCAACGUUGGACCCAAAUAGAUCACAUCGCUACCAGCCACCGAUGGAGGGGCUCGGUAGAAGACUGUCGCUCAUAUAAAUCCUGUGACCAUCGAGUAAGUAAUUCACUUGUUAGGAAACGGGUACUAGGUAAGUAUGUCAAAUCAAUUGAUGACGUAGUGCAACUUCAUCAGUUGAGAUGGCUGGGACACGUGUUACGUAUGCCUAACGACCGACUGCCCCGACGUGCGAUGUUUUCUCGUACAGGAGUAGGUAGAAAAAAAGCUAGAGGCGGCCAAACGAAAACAUGACACAAGUUCAUGAAGUCACUGACAAGUGGUCUGAGCCAUGUCGCUAGGUGCAGACUUCCUGGUUUGGGACCGCGAGAAGAUAGCAACCGAUGGUUAGAGAUCCUGAAUGACAUGGCUCAAAAUCGUUUGCAAUGCCGCAGGUGCGAACACUCUUUGUGUUCUCCCAAAUUCUAACCUCCUGAUUCCUCCUUGUCUCUUUUUCUUUCUCUUCCCAAAUUUAUUUCACUGGUUUAUACUUCUUGAAUAACAUCUUCGAACCUUAGUGUUUUCGACUACUGCUUAUACUUGUUGGGGUGAUCCAGAAAUCGCUUGCGAAAGACGAGCAAGCAUGAAGAAACACUGAGAAGUGUUCUGUCCAAUCAGCGUUUGCUUGGAGUUUUGGCCAGAAAUAUCAAGGUAGCGAAACGUCGCAUGCGGAAGCUCUGAUUGGUUGGCUACUUCAGUGCUGCUAUCUUUUGUAGCAUUCCAGCGACCCAAGGAAACUUAAAAUAUUAUAAAAACCCUAUAUUUUCUGUAAUAGAAUGAACCUUGGAGUAAAGUAUUUUCCCUCAUACUUGCGUCUUCUCUCUGGUGUUCAUGUCGCUGUGUAGUUCUAGCUUGCAGGUUACCAGAAUAGCUUAGGGAACUAAUAUAGCGUUCAAUCGAUAAGACUUAUCAAUACUCUAUCACUAUGGGAUUUGAAUUGACGAUUGUAUCUCUGUGCCAAUAUGAUAUGGCGACUCGAACUGAUGUACGUACGUACAGUUUACAUUGUUGAGUGGCUGACCUGAGUUCUUUGCUAUGUUUGAUUCUACCUACUUCUGUGAUGUAUACUUCUGGUCGAUCAGAUCAACUCCGGCAAUUGAUUUCACAAAAGGAUUGUUGUCCUUUACUAUGGUCAUUAAGAAUAGAGGAUAUUUUUAAUUUACUAGUAUUCAGUCACAUGUGCCUCCAAAGCAUUGCUCGUGUGCUUCGGGUCAACUGAGUGAGUAAUGUUGAAGUUAGAUGUAGAACACUAGUUCAAGAUAACAAACUGGUUGAUGAAAUAGUGAAUCUUCAUCGACUGAGGUGGUUGUGGCAUGUGUUAUAUAUGUCUGGCCACUGCUUGUCUCGACCGGUAAUAUCUGGUGUAAGAGUACGCUGAAAGAAAGGUAAGGAUGGCCAAACUAAGACCUAACAAUUAGUCCAUGAAGUUAUUUUCUGUUGAUCCGAGCCAUGUUGGUAGAUGCGGAUUACAUGGUUAGGGUCCAUACGAUAACUGGGAUCAAUGAUUAAUGACAUUGGGCAACGCGGUUCGAAAUAGAUCACAAUGGCCCGGGUAAUAUCACUGUCUUUCCUUAGAUCAUUGAUUAUUAUUAUCGUAUCGUUAUUAUCGUAUCCUUUUAUGUUCCAAAAACCCAUAUAUUCUCAGGUCAUGUCAUUUAAGCCUUGUCUUUACUGCUAACGCUGAUACUCUUACUACUUCGACUUUUCCAGCAUUUCGCUGUGUUGUUGUAACUCGAAUUGAUGCAAAUAUGUGUUAGGUUCUACUUUGCAUAUGACUGAAUUCAUAAACACUAGGCAUAGUUUAUAAUAAAUCAAAAUUUACAUGGCUGGCAAGUAGUAGGAAUCUUCUUUACGGACAUAAUUUUGAUGAAAAUGGGAUUAACAAUCGGUCAUAUUCAGCAUAAACCCUAGCACAAAUGUGGGUAUGCGUAAGUGUUAGAUCCUAGUGAAGAUUAAAUUAUAGGUAACUUCUGAGAACUAUUAAUGGACCAAUAUUAUAUAUAUAUUCAGUAACUAAAUUAUGUAUAUCUAUAUUCCUGUUAUUAUAAGCUUUAUUUUGACCUAUAGACUAUUAUGAUGCGAUUUACUGUUCUUAAAUUAUACUUAGUUUAUUACUUACCGUCACCCACAAUCAUAGCCACUUUUUGGCUUGAUUUUGUACAAAUUUUGUUUUCUAUUUUAUGAUGUGAUAUGGUCUGUUUGACUUGUAUAUAAACCAGAUAUGUUUGAAAUAAAUGAUUCGUAUGAUGUGAGGUGG